AUGGAGGGCUUCCGCCACUUCUCCCCGCGGAGCUACAGGAACCUCUGGGACAACUCGCCGCCGGGCCCAGAGAGCAGGUCCCCCGUGCGGAUGGAUGGGCCCGAAGCCGAACCGACCUCGGGCCUCUGGGGCGGUACAUCGGAUUCGCGCAGUGAGGCCGGGGCAUCCUGGCUGCCUCCCGAGGGUUCGCUCACUCCGCGGCCACGCCGGCGCUGGUACAACACCUCGCCGCUGGAAAGCCGCAGCCUGACUCGCAUGCCCCGGAGGCCCCCAGACCGCGCGCGGAAGCACCGGCUAGGCAGCCGGCGCGUAGAAGAAGCCUGGGGGGAGGAAGGGACCAAGACCAGUUCGGCAUGGCAGCAGCAGCUCCAUCUGCAACCCCAACAGACUCAGUCCUACCAGCGCUGCCCUCCCACCCAGGUGGAUUCGCCCCUGCUGUAUCCCGGGGGAGCUUCCACUCCCCCGAGUGUGGGAACUUUCGGGGUAGGAAAGUCACAGAGUGAAGACCAGUGGGCAGUGCCGAUCGGCAGCCAGGUAGGUCGCUGGUCCCCUUCCUCUAUUCACACGGACAAGUCCUCUGUGCCCUCCCAAGAGUUAAGGACACAGUCAGCCUGUACGUGCACCCAGAAAAGAGACUGUAGUGAUCUGGUGGAGUCGUUAGCCAGUCAGUAUUCCCAGCCCUCGGUCUCCAGCAAAGAGCCGCAGAACCAGCACACCCAGAUUCUCAAAAGCAAGCUGGAAGAGACGGUGAUGUCCUCGAGGGACCAGAAGAUCGUGUCCCUGGUGCUGACCCGUCUCCAGAAGGCCCAAAAGAUGCGGGAGCUGCAGCAGCAGGCGGCAGUCGCUUGGGAGGAGCUGAAGCGCUCAGACCAAAAGGUCCAGAUGACCCUGGAAAGAGAGCGCCGGCUGCUGCUGCAGCAGAGUCAAGAGCAGUGGCUGCAACGGAAGGAGCGCAAGAGUCGCCGGGGCCGCGAACAGUACUACAAGCGGCGGGACGGCCACUCUAAGAACGCGAUCCAGGAGGAGAGUCGGUGGGAGUCGCAACUACAGGACCAGGGGAACCAGCGUCUAGAGAGGCUGGAGAGGGCGCGCGCGGAAGCCGAGCACCGGAAACAGUGCCAGGUGCAGCGCCUGAGAGAGCAGGAGAGGGUAUUGCAGAGCUUGCGGGAAUUGAACAACCUACAGCUGCGGAAGAGGCUGGAGGAGGCCUGUCACAAAAGGCAGCGGCACUCCAUGGAGAACCAGAAGAAGGUCCAGGAGACCAACCUGAGCUCCCUCGUCAAUUAUCAGGCCCGCAAGGUACUCAUGGACUGCCAAGCCAAGGCCGAGGAGCUCCUCAGAAAGCUGUCGCUGGAGCAGAAUUACAUGCGGUCCCAAGAGAUCCACCAGAGCCUGAUUAAGGAGCAGCACCGCGAGCUGAGGGAGAAGGCCCAGAAGGAGGAAGAGCAGUUCAAGCAGGUUAAGUGUCGCGCAGCCGAGUCGGAGGAGCAAAGGCAGGUGCGCAAGAGGAUAUUGUUGGAGCUGGCGGAACAGAAGAUUCAGCAGGCCAGGAAUCAUGCGCACAAGACCACCAGGGACAAGGCACAGCGCCUCCGGGAGCUCAACAUCCUGCGGGAGAAGAAUCAUCACAUUCUGAAGCUGAAAGCCGAAAAGGAGGAAAAGUGCCAUAUUGAGGGCAUCAAGGAAGCCAUUAAAAAAAAGGAACAGAGAAUGGAGCAGCUCUCCCGAGGGAAAGAUCCCACCUUGCAAGAGUUUCAGAAGAUCUCCCUGACCUCCAGAAGAGAGAAUGGCAGAGGGCUUCCCAACAGCUGCUUUGAUCAGAUGGCAGCAGAGGCCCAGCUGUGUGCCCAUCAGCAGAGAGGGGGCUAUUGAGAACUGAGGACAAAGAUCUUCAGCCCCAGCAGCCAGAGAGAGAU